AUGUCAGUGGAAGAUGCCCUCGAGCAGCUGGACAAGGAACAGGAAUUGGCUGUCAGGACCAAUCUCCUGACAUGCACAAAGGAAGUGGCAAGGAUCCGAAAGACUCACCUUCAUGCUCAAGAGGUUGCACAGCAGCAGGCCACACGGGUGGCUCUGGCCCAGAGGAGAGAGGUGGAGAAGGCUGUGAACGAAGCCAAACGACAAGCUGCAAAGGCAGAGCGUGAGAGAAAGAAACAGGACAAGCAGCUACGGAGGGCAAUGAUAAAGGCUGCAAAGGACGCAGCAAAGGCUGCUGAGAAGGCAGCUAGAAUUGUCACCAGGACAAAAAAUCCUGCAAGGAAUCUAUCGAGGAACAUGAGGGGAAGCAAGCGAAAGCGCGCCAGCAAUGACAAAGAGAACACACCUGAAACAUCACCAAAACGACCAUGGACUAGAGAUGCUCCUCCAGAAGAGCUUCCAGUCAACCCCCCACCUCAGCAUCGACAUAUUUUCCCAACUCCACAGGGUCUUGCAGCAGUCCAAAUGGGCUAUGGAAAUCCGAACCCUGUCGUGGAUGAAGACGGAGUCGAGUAUAUGUAUGGAAAUACACCCGCGAUUUUCCCGGGACCUCCUCCACCAGUUGUGCAUCGGAAAGGCAACAGCCAGAUAUCAAAUGAGGAGCUAGAGGCAGCAGAGGUGCUGGCGUGGGGCUUCUGA